GUCGCCGCACGCGCUGCACAGCGACCUGCCGCCUCCGCGGGGUUCGGUGCUGCUGCGCCCUGCCCCCGCACACAUGGCCACGGAUAUCUUCAAUUCCAAAAACUUGGCCAUUCAGGCCCAGAAGAAGAUCCUUGGCAAAAUGGUAUCCAAAUCAAUAGCAACUACCUUGAUAGACGAUACCAGCAGUGAUGUUUUAGAUGAGCUCUACAGAGUGACAAGGGAAUACACUCAAAACAAGAAAGAAGCAGAAAAGAUCAUUAAAAAUCUCAUCAAAACAGUCAUCAAAUUGGCAAUUCUCUACAGGAAUAACCAGUUUAAUCAGGAAGAAAUAGCACUGAUGGAGAAGUUUAAGAAGAAGGUUCAUCAGCUGGCUAAAACCGUGGUCAGUUUCCAUCAGGUGGAUUAUACCUUUGACAGGAUUUUUUUGUCCAAAUUGUUGAAUGAUUGUAGAGAGAUACUUCAUCAAAUCAUCCAACGUCACCUAACUGCAAAAUCACAUGGACGUGUCAACAACGUGUUUGAUCAUUUCUCUGAUUGUGAAUUUUUGGCUGCCUUAUACAAUCCCUUCGGACCUUAUAAGCCCCACUUGCAGAAACUUUGUGAUGGUGUCAACAAAAUGCUAGAUGAGGGAAACAUAUAAGUACUCGCAUUACGGUUGACUGCUCGUGUAUAAUUUGUAGAAGGAACACUGCUGAUUUAUGAAGGAAUAAGGGACCAUACAAAAGUAGUUUUUUUGAAUAUAACAGAUGCUUCAGAAAAAUCUUUACCAAACUGAGUAUUAUGAGCCAUCUAUUGCUAUUCCCAGUCAACCUGGAACAAAGACUUCGAACAAUACUGCUUUAGUGUGCUUUGCCUAAGGAAACGGCUAGAUAAAGGUUGUGAAAUGGAGCUGCUCAAGUAGAGGAAGACUCUUGUGAAGUAGAUGAUAAAAUGAAAUUAUAUGUAGUCAAACAAUCCAACUAUGUAAUUUUACAUUUAGAGUAAUAUUUAUAAAUCAUCAAAAGGCUAUUUUUUGUAUCAGACUGGCAUGGUGAUGGUACAUUCUGUAAUUUCUUUAACUCACAUGUUAAAAAGAAUAUAUAUUUGAUGCAUUUAUAUUCACAUGUGCUCUAUGUAUAUGUGUAGAUAACAGCUUCCUUGUGCUGCCUUUAUGAACAGUUCAGUUUUACAGUUGUCAUAUCCCUGAUACUUUUGUGCAGCAUUUGAACUGCAUUGUUAAUCUGCAGUCCAGUAAUGAAAAUCAGUUAUGUUUGAAAACCUACCCAGUGACCCUUGCAGAUCAACUCUGAUGCCUGUUAAGUUUGAUUAUUUCAGGAACAGUAAACUACAAUAAUUCAGCCUGGCUUGGAAAAUGCAUUCUACAGACUGAAUAGUGUUGUAGAAGAAAGCACCUGUGAUAUAUAAUUCUGUUUCAGAAUUUUAAAACUCCAUGUGCAAUUAAAAGAUAAAAUGCAGUGAGUGAGCUAAGAACGCUCAUUAAUUAACAUGGGAGUCCUGCUACUAUAUCCAUCCUCUUCUGAAAACGUAAGGGUCGAUGUAUUUCUGCACAUUAAGAUCACAUAUAUGGUAAUGUGAAUUUAGAUAACAUAAGCAUCUGAAGGCUAAAUAAAUUCCACAGCAGUUUGCUUUAUAUAUAGUGAGCUUAUGUUGUUGGGUUACAUAUAGUAACAACUGUUUAACAAAUAGAGAGAAGGCAUUUACAAUACCACAGAUUAAAUCAAAAAAUGUUAUCUAGUUCUUUUCACUGGUACAAAAAAUAUGUGACUCCCCAAACACUGUAACGUGCUAAAACAUUUCAAACACCUGAGGAAUUUUUGUGCGGAAGCUUAUCAAGAACUUUGCAAUGUAUUUAAUUGCCAAGUUUUUUUGCUCUUUGAUAUGUCUUCUAUUUUAUGAGUAAACCAAAGAAUGUUUGCACUCCACACUUCGCAUGUUUUUUCUGUUUGCCUAUUAAAUUAGAAAAAGUAAACUUGUGAAGCGGAAUCCAAUCUCUUGAUACGUGCCUCACCAUUACAAUUUAAUUAUUUCCUUUCUAAAAUGGAAGGAUAGUUGAGUCUUCAUGCCCAUUCACUCACUGGACUCAUAGUAUGCCAAAAAGGGUGCCCAAUGUGACUUUGUGACAGGGACGCAUAGGUAAGAAUACCAAAUUAUUUUAUACAGGCCACCAACAUCCAGCAGAUGGUGAAGGGUUAAGAUCAGUACCAGCUUGGGCCAAUUAGAAACUGAUAAGUUAAUAAUUCUCAGUUUCUAAGAGCUGGAGAACUACUUUGUCAUCAGAUAGUGUCUCAGAGAGCCAAAAAAUAACCAUCUUCAUAUUGCAUUUUGUCCAUAAUCAGUGACUUAUUGGUGAUGCAAUGUUAUGAGGAUAUCCUGAUUAUUUUGUGACUUUGCAGCUCCAUCUUUUUCAUUUCUCCACAUCAGACUGCUUGGGUG